GGUGCUAACCCGGCCCCCGCCCCUGGAGGGCACUUCCGGCGCAGCGGAAUUCCGGGUGCGAGUGAUCGCUGAGUCGGCCUCUGGUCUUGGAGGAGGCCCAAUGAGUGCGGCGCCCCUGGUGGGCUACAGCAGCAGCAGCUCGGAAGAUGAGGAUGAGGCCAAGGCCGGGGCCCAGGCGCGGCCGGGGGCUGGAAGCUGCCCUCGUGCCCAGAGCCCCCUUCCCAGCCACAGGUUGCCAGUACCUGACAGUGUGCUGCACAUGUUCCUGGGCACCGAGGAGGGGCCUGAAGAUGACAGUGCAAAACAUGGGGGCCGUGUGCGCACGUUCCCCCACGAGCGGGGCAACUGGGCCACCCACGUCUACGUGCCGUAUGAAGCCAAGGAGGAGUUCCUGGACCUGCUCGACAUGUUGCUGCCCCGCGCACAGACUUACGUCCCCCGGCUGGUUCGGAUGGAGGCGUUCCACCUCAGCCUGUCCCAGAGUGUGGUUCUGCGGCAUCACUGGAUCCUCCCCUUUGUGCAGACUCUGAAAGACCGCAUGGCCUCCUUCCAGGGAUUCUUCUUUAUUGCCAACCGGGUAAAGAUUUAUACCAACCAAGAGAAAACAAGAACGUUUGUUGGGCUCGAGGUCACCUCAGGGCACGCCCAGUUCCUGGACCUGGUUUCAGAGGUAGACAGAGUCAUGGAGGAAUUUGACCUCACCACUUUCUACCAGGACCCCUCCUUCCACAUCAGUCUGGCCUGGUGUGUGGGUGAUGCGCGUCUCCAGCUGGAAGGGCAGUGCCUGCGGGAGCUGCAGGUGAAUUCCCGCUACGGGAGCACAGAGGGUGCUGAGAGGGUGACGGGAUGCGUGCCGGGAGUGGCAGGGGAGCUGACGGCCCUGAGGGUUAGGCAUGCAAACCAGAAUCCCUAGAAAUAGCUGACUGGGGAGGGGGUCUCCUCACCUUUCCUUGCUGCUUGAAGGGCAGUCCCGUGGCUGCAGCACCUGGGAGCCGGUUAGCAAUCCAGACUCUCUGGCCCCAACCCAGACCUAAGAAAUCAGAAUUGCCUUUGAACAAGAUGUCUAGGCAUUUGUGUGCAUGUUAAAAUUUGAGAAGCGCGACCCUACAACACUGGUCUGAGAGAAUGCCAGAAGCCUCUCCCGAAGUCCUUGCCCCUCACCCAGAGGCCAAGGGCUUGGGUGCCCACAGGGGCCUGGCUCGUGUCGGAAACGAGUGAAACGUGCCAGGCGUAGGGAACGUCCACUCGGGGAGCUUUCGUAUUUUGAUAAGUAGGUGAUGUGUCUCACUUUGCCAUCAGUGCCUUCAGAGUUGCUGAUACACCACCUCCGGCAGAGGAGAGAGCGGGGAAGGGCUGUCGUGUGGGAAUGCGGACAUAGUGUUGCUAGCACUUGUUUUUCAAGGGAGGCCAGAAGUCCAGAUUUUUAUGUGGAACUAAUGUGUAUUUAAAAAAAAAAAAAAUGUCGCAAGCCAAACAAAGCAUGUGCAGGAGGGAUACAGCCCCUGGGCCAUCGUCAAGCAGCCACCUCUGCCCUUGGCCUAAUCAUGCUGUGGGGGCAAACAGCCCUGGUUUCAGGCUCCAGCAGAUCCGACCCCAAUUCCAGUUCUACUGGGUUCGUAAUCCGGGGCUCUGAGCACCCUUUUCCUCCUGUGCCAAGUUGGGGCGAUAGGACUGACCUCACGAGAUUACCGAAGCGCAGAGCCUAGAGCCUGCACGGCCCUCAGUCUCCCUCCACCGGGUCCAACCUCUGAAGGAUUUGAGUAGGCCGGUCUGGCUUCCAGUGCCCUCUGGGUCCCCGGUUCCCUUUAACGUGAUUGUCUUUUCUCGGCUCCCGGUGGAAGACAAUUGUGGACGAGUUUGAAGACUCCGAGAUGGUGCUGCGUGUGCACGCCGAGCAGGUCCGCUGCAAGUCUGGGCACAAGUUCUUCUCGAUGCCUUUGAAGUGAGCACCAGAGGCCCUCGUCCCAGGCCCCUCUGCAGGCUGGGUGGAGAUGGAAGAGCCUGCCGCAGUCCAUGGGGACGCUCCCAGCCUCCCACUGGGGGCCCUGGCCACGGUCUCUGGGUGCCCGGGUCCCUGGGGGCUGGUUCUCUCCUGGCCCUUCUGGGUCGCCGGUCCAGCGCUGGUACGUGUGGUCAUUGUCAGGAACCACCAGUAGAGGGCAGCCUGGGCCUCCUAGUUCUAGGUCUGUGGACCUGCCCCGCACAAAAGAAAGUAGGGUGACCCGAUGAGCCCGCCCAGACUCAGCCAGAAUCCCCACUGCAGCCCCUCCAACAAAUGGCCCCUCUCCCACACCCUUCCCCCUUCAGCUGUUUGGAUUUUGAUGCCCUUGGCCGCCACCAGGGCUUUUAAAACCAUCAUGUCCUGGCUCUUCCCCACUCAAGCUAGACACAGGGUGCUUGAAUGGGUCUGUCACCCUCCCUCCUCGAAGCGCGUCACUUUUAUUUAUUUAUUUAUUUUUAGUCUCACCCCUCCUGUGCCAGCAGAGGGCAUUUCAGGGCCAAGGUACAGAGUGCUAAUUUGUGGUUCUACAUCGGUUUUCUCCAUUCCUGCCUCCCACUCGCCCCCAGCCAGGUGCCUGGGGAGACGUGAGCAGAUGUUUCAUUUUGGCCUGGCUGGUGGCUCUAAGCCAGGCCUCCAACGCUCUGUGACCUCUGGCUUCUCAUCAGCUUUCCCAAAGAGGCAGAGAGGCGCCUUCCCCCAAAGUUCUGUUUCUGCUGCCUUCAGCUGCCUGCUGUGGGCUGCAGGCGUUCUGAGGGGGCCGUGGAGGUGGGGUCAGGGGGCACCCAGGGCCUUUAUUUUUCAUCAAGCCUUCACCAGAGCAAAAGGCCAGUCCUCCCUGGUUGUCACCUGGAUCUCUGGUGAUGGAUAAAGAGAUAUUUUUAUGUGGUAGUCUUAAAUUAUGUUCAACAAAUGAAAAUUGCAAUUUUAAUUUUG